AUGCCGAACCCCUUCCACGCAACAUACAACUUUGUCGCCUGGACCCUCGACCAAGGCCAGGUCCCCAGCGACGUCCGCAGAAGCCUCGAGCUCGUGCGGACCUGUAACAAAGACCUCCAGCAUCUAAUUGAGCUACGAAACGAGUGCCUCCCCCGUCUGGAGCGUCGCCCCCUCGUCCUCGCCCGCGUCCACUCCAUCAUCGAGGCUGCCCAGGCGGGGCUCGAGGAGGCAUGCACCAUCGUCGAGAGGUGCAGACCUGAAGCUCACAGCGGGAGGACGCCGCUGGCGAGUCGUGUUGCGUGGUUGCUUGUCGACUCGGGCGAGUUUAGGAACUUGGAACCUAUUGUUAGUCGGCAUCAUGACGCUGUGCUCGCGGAGCUCAACUUUUUGAGGAAUAUCGCCAUGCUUUCUCCUGUUCCUGAAGUUUCAAAGGAAAGGGAAAGAUGUGUUGUGCAGAAGGAGGCUCCCGUGUUUGACAAUAUUGCGCUCCUGGGGGAUAUACUUGGGGAUAAAUCAGUUGAAGCAAAGCCUCUACCCCCGAUUCCCCAAAGCCUAACCCCAGUACCAGCCUCGCCGCCUCCCAUGACUCUCGACCAGCACCAAGGGUAUCAGACUGAGCCACCGAGUUCGCCCAUGCCCUCAACACGCAGGAUUGGCCUCGCCCCUGACUCUUCAGCGCCAGAGAUUCUCCCCAUGGGUAUGAACCACUCGGCUUCAUCAAGACCGCAGCAAAUCUCGGGCCCCCGAUACAUCUCUGAGGACAUGACCGGUUUGGCGAACCUCCUCAGAGACACAUUAGUCUCUCCCGAUAUAACAUCUCCACGAUAUCCCUACACGGCAGCCCCGCCCAAUCGACCAGUUACAGCAUCUUCUAACCCCAUGGACAGGACAACACGUCCAGGGGCGAUUACACCAGUACAGGCUGGGUCGAACCAUCGUCCUUCGUUCUACAACACCAACGAUGGCAUAUCAGACAUGGGCCCUGAUCGCAGCCAACGGGCGAGCAUCGGCUACACACCUUCAGUUUCCUCCUUUGCCUCUCAAAGCCCGCCGCCGCCCUUGAACAACAGAGCAUCAGCGUCUACGCUCCCCGUAUACACCUACGGCGUCACACAACACCAAAACACAUCUUCAACAACCCUCCCAGCACGCUUCGCAUGGGCCAACUCCUCCUCAACAACUGUAUCCUCCCCCCCUCAGACAUGCACAAGAUCCACCAUGUCCAUGGACGGCACCGGCUGGGGGCAGCAGCCGAUAGCCGAGCUGGACAGUUCGCCGUAUCAGAUAGUACCUGUCGUCAGGCCCGCGAGCGACGGCAAGAACCGAGUUGUUCAAUUCGUGAAGCAGCUGAAUACGAUACCCAUCGAACUCUCGGCGACUACAGAUUCGUUCCCCAAGACAUCUCUGCGGAGGCAAUCUGCACCAUCUGAGAAUAGGCAUGGUCGAACAGCUAGUCAGUCAAGGGGACUGCCUUCGGAACAGUAUAAAGAACAACCCAUGACACAGCCCAGAGGAUUCGACCAGGAAUCGACAAAUGUUAACCAACCUAGUAGGACAAACAAUUCCUUUUCUAUAGAACGGCCCUGA